UGCUUUCAACAACGAAAAAUCAAGCGGAAAAAUAAAUUCUGCAAAAGUGCUCUCUUCCCGACUAAUCUCACUUUUGGUCGGCUAAACGUUUAUCCAUAGUAUAACAACAAACAACUGGCAACAGCAACAACAACAACCGGUAGUCAUGUCGAACAUGGACAUGGACAUUCCUUCAGGGGAAGGUCCCUCAGACAUAGGUCAACGUUCGUGGAGUGUCGUAGCUAAAUCUGGGCUCAAACACAAACGGAUCCCAAAUGGACUUCCUCGAAAAGAUGAGUUUGGUGUCAAGGAACGACUGGAAUACACAACAUUGUGGGAAGAAGACGACAUUAGUCAAAAAAUGAUUGCACGCAAGGCAGCUGCGAUCCUCCAAUGUGCUACUUACACUGAGGCAGUGUAUUUUGAAUUGCGCAAACAAGAUUUCGAUCACUAUACCGAAGCUUUUGAUCUAGUGGCCAAAGAAGUUGGGCGUUUGAAAGGAGCUCGUCGAGUAACUAGGUACAGCUAUCAAACAAGUACUACACUCUUGAUCGAAGUACAAUUUGUACACCCUGCUGACAGAAAGAAGGCCAUCCAACAAGGGGUAGUAUGCAACAACAUCCUUUACAAAGGUACUCCGGCUAAUGAAGGCACAUCCGAUCAAUUAGUAAGAUUAACUUUGAGUCAACUUCCCUAUUUUCUUCCUGACGAUGUUCUUUGCAAAGAACUCCUCGAUGGUCUACGACGCUAUGGCAAAGUUUGUCAGAUCAAGAAGAUAACUAAUCGUGGAUACUUUGAAGGUGACGCUCUGGUACUCCUAGAUACCAAACCCAUUAAGGACAUUCAAUGGCAAACGCUAGAUCGUAGACUCUAUUUAGAACCAUGGGAUAUGGAAGUGAGUGCUUCAUACCGUGGUGCUCCUCCUGUUACAAUUGUCAAGGCAAAGGUCACUAUGCUCGUCAUUGCAAAGAAAAAACUCGGUCAGAAAAGGAAGCUUUGGAUGAAUACGUUAGACUAGCAGCAAUUCGUGACAAUGAAAAGAAGGUGGAAGCAACAAACCAGACAAGCAACGACCAGCAUAUGAAGGAACACAGUGAUAAACUUCGCACGAACGUGACAACAAACGCAAGCAUUGUCUCAUUGGAUGCGAAUACUACAAUGCCUGAAGGAAUUGAUGAACAAAUGGUAGAAGAAACUUUCGAUGAAAAAG